AUUGAUCACCUCACACUCUCAUAUCUCAUCGCCGCCUUAAAGAGCUUCAAACCCUUUGGACAAAAACACCCUUACUAAAUCCCCCAAUUGACGCUUUUACCCAAUUCUUUAGCUCUCGUGGUCACCAAGUCCACGUCACGGCCACUCCAGUUUCGCGAGAAACGAAUACUGCAAAGUAGAAACACUUCCCAUCUCUCUGGACGAAUCAAGCUUGAUUGCCAAGAUUAGCAGCUAUUAACUAUUAGUUAUGGGUUUCAAUUCAGUGUACAGGGCUUUGCAGGACGUGUUCCCACAGGUUGAUGCUCGAAUGCUAAAGGCUGUUGCUAUUGAACACUCCAAGGAUGCUGAUGCAGCUGUGGAAUUUAUUCUUGUGGAAGUUCUCCCUUUUAUGACCAAUCCAUGCUUGUCUUCUGGUUCAUCCUUUGAGAAUCAGGGGUUUAGUGAUCCAAUUAACGGAGGAGUUGAAUCUGAUAUCCAGAAUGAUUCGUUAGGCCGCUAUCUGGCAGUUGAAGAAGAAGCACGUGCAGGCCCUUCUUCAAAAUCAGGAUCUGCAGCCAGCAAAGUUAACGACACUAGUCAUACAAAUAAUGCCAUUUUUUCUGAUUCAACAUUGCUUGAAGAGGAUUUAAAUUGGUCUUCAGUUUCAAAGUUUUAUCACGCAAAUGAUGGUCAUGAUCGGGUAUGUGGAAACACUGAAAGGAAAGAUUUACAGAAGCAUCUAGAAGUCUAUGUUAAAGAAGGACCUAUUCAGACCUCUGGAAGCUGUUCAGUUACUUUGAUGAACGAAGAUUGUGGUGUGAAUAGCAGUUUGAAUAAUGAUUUUCUUGCUGAUUUAAUUGUGCCUAAUGAACCAGUGACAAAUUAUUUUAACCAUGGGGAGAACCAUCUGGAGGUAGGAAAUUUGCUGGUUCAGUUGACUCAGGCUGUCAUAGAGCAUACGACAGAUUCCCCAAGGUAUACCCUUCAGUCAGAAAGUUGUCUUGGUCAGUGUUCCCAUGUUUCACCAGCCACAUUGAUGCAGGAAAAUGGCAGUAUCGGUAGGAAGUUAAAUGAGGAGUCACAUGCUGUUUUGGGUCAUUCAAAUGGGACAGUAACUAAUGAACUUAAGACAGCUAGAAAUGACAAUGGUCACUGUGAACAUUCAACUGGGGACAAAUUGGACGUGGAAAAUUAUGCAAUUCAUUUAACUCAAUCAUCUGCUCGAGAAUACAUGCUAGAUGCACUAGAAUGCGACCUUCGGUUUGAUUCCAGGACAUCCAUUAUAGAAUCUGAUAAACUGCAGUUAAAUGAUUCUGUUGCUGCGGCUUCCAAGGAAGAAACUUCUGUUGACGAUACAGUUGAUUUUGGGAAUGGUGCAACUUUGAGCCCAAUAGUUACUGGAUCCGGUGAAGUAUGUAGAAUUGAUGUUCUUGAAGAUAUGAUUAAAGAUGCUAAAAGCAACAAGAAAAUCUUGUUUUCGGCCAUGGAGUUGGUUAUCAACUUGAUGAGAGAAGUAGAACAUCAGGAAAAAGCUGCAGAACAAGCCAAAGAAGAAGCUUCAAGAGGAGGUAUCGAUAUCCUUGCCAAGGUUGAAGAGAUGAAACAGAUGCUCCGCCAUGCAAAUGUAGCAAAUGACAUGCAUGCAGGAGAAGUGCAUGGAGAGAAAGCUAUUCUAGCAACUGAAGCGAGGGAGCUACAAGCUCGUCUUCUCUACUUGUCUGAUGAAAGGGAUGACUCUCUCUCUGUUCUUAAUGAGAUGCAGCAAACACUUGAAGCACGAUUAUCUGCAGCAGAAGAAGGAAGGAAAGCAGCCGAGCAGGAAAAACUACAUAAAGAAAACUCUGCACGUCAUGCUCUUGCCGAGCAAGAGCUUAUUAUGGAGAAGGUCGUUAAAGAAUCUAAGAUACUACAACAAGAAGCAGAAGAGAAUUCCAAGUUGCGGGAGUUUCUCAUGGACCGUGGUCGCCUUGUUGACAUGCUGCAAGGAGAAAUAUCUGUUAUAUGUCAGGAUGUGAGGUUGCUGAAAGAGAAAUUUGACGAACGUAUUCCUCUAAGUGAAUCCGUCUCCUCUAGUCAAACUACUUGCAUUUUAGCAUCUUCGAGUUCAUCCCUGAAGAGCAUGGCAUCUGACCGUGUUCCUGUGCUAACUGACUCAUCUGAAGCACCAAAGAAUACAAGCCCAACUCCCUCAGUUGGCAACCUGACUCCAAAGAGCAGCCACGGAGAGGGAAGCAGAGAUGAUCAGAAGGCACUAUCAGAUGAUGAAUGGGAUUUGGUUCGAGUAGGAUUCUGAAUUAUACAGCUAAGAGGUCCUAGAGUACAGUACUGCCGAGCUCCUCAAGAUUCUACUUAUCUAGAUAAUUAUUGUUAGUUAUAAAUAAUGCUUUACUUGCUUCUUUUUCGGAUGAUGUUUUAUGAUUGUAGCUGAGAGUAUCCUACUAGUACUUAUGCUUUUAGCUACAGUUCUUAGUGUCAUAUCUUGAUUGCUCAAAUCUCCACAAAUUCCAUCUGUAAAGCCUUCGUAUAUUAGAUCUUAAGAAUAAACAAUUGAAGCAAAGAGUCUGGCGCUUCUCAUAAUAUUAGUAUUUUCAUGUC